AUGGCGGUUUUUCAUGGCCCGUCUGUUAGUGCUGAUGCAAUUUAUGACGUGGAUCGAAUAAAAUUAUUCGCGGAAACAAUUGGCAUCGCCGGCGGAAGUAGUGAGGAAAAGAUUACCCAUCAGGCUUAUAAUCUUCUCGCUGAGGAGCUGACAGAGAUCAUGAAAAAAAUUAUCAUUGAUGCGAACAAAUACCAAAUACACGGAAGGCAUUCAAUGAUGAAAGUCGCGGAUUUAGAGCAAGCUUGCAUCGAUAGAACAAUUAAGCUACCGAUGGGAUAUGUUUUACACGAAGAGAAAGAGCUGAGAGCCAUAACAAAUUCAAGCGGCAGUGAUUUAUAUGUUCACGAGGAAUCUGACAUCGAAAUUAACCAAGUACUACAAUCAACUAGCAAGUUUCCGCCACCCGUCCGCUUCCGAUGUCACUGGCUCGCACAUGAGGGAGAAAUUCAUCCUGUUUCAGAAAAUUUGGUACCGUACAAGGAUGUGUCCAUCGAAGUUGAGGAUCAAAAGCCCGCGAAAAAGAUUAUUGCAAGACGGGAUACUGCAAAAAUUCUGCAAGGAAAUGGGCCUUGGUCCUUAUAUUGUACUCUGUCUAGAGACAUCCCUCAUCAAGAAAAUGUAGCUAUUCGUCCACUACCACCGGCAUCUCUUUCAGUGGAAAAACAAGCCUACCUUAAAAGUGUAAUGGAAGCUUGUGUUGGCGCGCAUGAUCCUCUUCGGGUAGCAGCACUUCAUUCCUUGGAAACAGACACCGGCCUUCAGGACGCAUUACCAAUACUUUCAAAUAUUAUCAAAACGGGGAUUGCAGCUAAUGUUGUGCAACGCUGUCUUUCAUUGCUUAUCUACUUAGUUCGAGUGAUACGUUCACUUUCUCUCAACAAAUCUCUGGUGUUGGAACCUGUGUUACAUCAAUUGCUUCCUUCAUUAUUGACGUGUUGCAUUGGGCAAUCAUUAUGUGGUCGUCCCGAGACCGAUAAUCAUUGGGCUUUGCGUGAUUUUGCCUCGAAAACGCUGGUUAUACUCGUGAAUGGCCACGUGAAAGAUCUUCCAUCAACACGACAGCGAGUGAUUCGAAGUCUGAGACGGGUCUUUGAAGACAAAAAUUGUUCGUAUGCCAUGAUCUACGGAACCGUAUUACCUCUAAGUGAUCUUAUGUCGGCUAAAGAGAAAGCCGAACUUUAUCCUCGAUUCAACGAGCUUAUCGAGGAGUGUCGACUGAUAAGCUCCGGGCAACAGAUUGAUCCACAUGAGCUUCGAUUCAUGCCGGGAAGUCGGGAAGAAGCCGGGAGGUUACUUUCGGUUUUGAUGAAACAAAUGGAACCGAUGAUGCGUUCGAUGCGACCUGGAAUUAUAACGUAUCCCGUUGAACACACCAGAAGAAUGAACAUAUUU